AUGUCGCCAAGACCUCGGCGUCGAAUCAUCCCAACUCCAGCACUCAUCAUAUCCUACCUGGCAGCACAGUCUCGGGCUGUUUUCGUCAACGACUUUUCUGCGUACCCGGUGAAAGCAAGGCCAUGUUUGGACGCGGCAGCGGCCGCGUCCGGCUGCACCGGUAACACGGUCACGGAGAUGAAUACAUGUCUAUGCGGAAAUGGCGGCGACUUCGUGCUGACGACUGCGAGAUGCAUUGAGAAGCAAGCGAAAGAGCAGAUCGGCACCGUUUAUUCAACGCUUCUGACCUCCUGCACGGACUCGAGAACACCACUGGGCAUUUCUCAGGCACAAUUCCUGGACCCCGACGACGACAUCGAAGACAUAAUACCGACGACAUUUGCCACUUCAAUUACGAAACCGCCGCCCGAAGCAUCAUCAACACAAGCACCGGGAACAAUAACAUCAACGUCCAUGAUGACGUACCAGAGCGUGGCUCCAGGCGGAGUAACGGUGACAAUAACGAGAGGAAUCGAGGUGGCCCCAACCGGGACGACCAGUGCAAAGGAGGGCAGCGACAACGAGAAGUCGCGUUCCGACGACAGAGACACCCGCGCGGCCCUGGCAGCCGGAAUUGCUGGAUCGCUCGCGCUUCUGAUAGCUGGACUCGCGUUUCUCUGCUAUCGGCGAUGGAAACAGGGCAAAGAAAAAGAAAGGCAGGGCGGCCGUGGUGGCAAGUUUGCGGCGUUAUCCAGUGCGACGAGUCUCACGACAAUGACGGCCUCAUCGCCCCCUGGCCGGCCGACGACAUCAUACAACGGAGCGAACGGCCCUAGACCUGAUACCGCUCACACGGUGCAGAUGGCAGCGGGUACCACUGCAAGGAGCCACCAACAGCAACAGCAACAAUAUGCACCGGAGAGUCCUCAACAAUGGCAAAACCAGUACGGCCAGCAUACGGGAAAUUGGCCGUCGCCGGUUACCAAUACUGACGGAACCAUUGGGACAUGGGCCUUCUCGCCCGUCUCUACAUACCCCCCGAAUUCAACAAGGGGACCCGAGUCACCAACAUUACAGAACGCGAGUUGGAACGCACACGAGGCUCCUGCCAGCGUUCCCGCUCAACAACAUCCUCCACAUCCACCAAGAAACACAUAUACUCCCAUCUUUGAACUCCCCGGAGAUGAAACUCAGGCCGUCGAGGCCGACUCGACGCCCAUUGGUACCGCAGAACCAGCGCAUUCGCCCUCACGAUCCAUUCAAUCGACACCAGUACACAUGUCCGCACGGCCUACUGCACCUGCGCCGAACCAUCCCGGAAGGUCCAGGCAGAUUGAUGAUGCACUGCAGAUAUCACAAGUGGAAUUACCGCCGCCACGGUACACAGGUCCUUCAUCAGGACUCGAAUGGGCGGGUGAUGAAAAGAGACCCGGCUAG